AUCAUGGUUAUGUCAUUCGAAUUUCAAUAAUUAUUUAUUUUGGUCAGGUACCUGGGUAUUGGAUUCAAUAUUUGUAUUGGAUUAUCAAAGGGAUUAUUAUUCCUGUAAUCGCUACAUUACUGCAACAACAUUUAAUAAAGUAAUAGCAUACGUGGUUACAAUAAAACUAUUACAUCAAUAAUUUUAUAAGAAUUCGUUUUACAAUGUCAAUGAUUGACAUCGAUUACAACCAUGACUGAGUAGAAUAAAAUAUCUUCAUUUGUAAACAUUACACUAAGAACAUGAGUGCUAACAAAAAUAAACCAGUUGUGGAUUCAGGUUUAUGCCGUUGCUGCGGAAAUAUAAAGAAAUGUCGCUUGUUGAACGUCGAAUAUGAGUGGCUAGGCCGAAAAGAAAUUUAUUCUGAUAUGUUUGUGGAUUGUUUCGGACUUGUGCUAUCCCAUUUGGAUAUGGAGUCGUCUACCUGUCUGAUAUGUGCAACAUGUGUGAAUCGUUUACGAGAAGCAUGCACAUUCAGGGACCAAGUUCUGGUGUGUGAGGAGAAACUGUUGCAGUCCAAAAUGAUGUAUGAUGAUAAUGUAUUAAAUGACGCAAUAGAUAUCAAACAAGAAAUGGAAGGAGACCCUGAUUCUGAUCAUCAUUGUCCGGAUGACGGACAAAUAGAAAAUUGUGAAGUUGUAGAAAUAAAAGAAGAACAGGCACAACAAGCAAGAAGUAACAUUAAAGUAGUUGUGAAAAAGAAAUUGGUGAGGACAGAUUCUGACGACCAUGUGAGGGUGAAAAAAGGUUCUGAUGAUGGAUAUGUAGACAAUGUUGUCGAAAUUAAAGCUGAACCUCCACAAGAGGUAAGAAGAAAAGUCAAAGUAGUUCCAAAAAAGAAAUUGUUCAGGAAAGUUUCUGCUGAUGAAAUGAAGGCAAAAACAGAACUGUUCCAGAGGAUCAAAAAGCUGAGGUCCAAGAUAGACACUAUGAAGAAUGUUGAUCCAUCAGUAAAUAUUCAUGUAAAACCAUUGCCAGUUCGAAAGUCAGUGGAUAAAGAAGUCAAUACUCUCCAUAAUGCAGUUACCAUUGUGCAAAAUUCUUUUGUUUGUCCUUUCUUAAACACAUUCAGUGAUUUUAAUUGUAUGUACUGCAAAGAAAUGUUUACUGAGCCAGACAAACUCAGGGAACACACACUCACUCAUGACCCAAGUGGUUAUGAAGAUUCUUUGUGUGAUAAUAAAACACCACAAAUUGAUAUAACUAGAAUUGAUUGUCGAUUAUGUCCAAUCAGAAUCACAACCAUAGAAGAUUUCAAAAAUCAUAUAGUCACUCAUGGAAAAACUAUUUAUACAGAUUCAGAUAAUGAAUUUUUACAAUUUAGACUGAAAGUAGGGAAAAUGACUUGUGUCGAAUGUGAUACAAGUUUUGGUUAUUUUCAUGGUUUAAAGAGACACAUGGCGGAACAUUUUGGGACUCAUAUAUGUGAGUUGUGUGGUGCACAUUACUUUGACCAACAUGGAUUAACUAUGCACUUGAAAAGUCAUGAAGAAAAGACAGAUUUUCCUUGUGAUCAAUGUGACAGAAUAUUCAAAUCUAAACAUGGUAGAAACUACCAUGUGACACACAUGCAUGAUAAACCUCAGUAUCCUUGUUAUAAGUGUGAUGAAAUAUUAUUUUCUUAUUCAAAAAGAUACAGGCAUAUGAUUGAUGUUCAUGGUGAAACACGUUCAUUUCCCUGUGAACAUUGUGAUAGAGUUUAUGACAGUAGAAAAGGUCUCAGAGAGCAUAAUAGAAGAACACACUUAAAGGUUUUAAAACAUGAAUGUACAAUUUGUGAUAAAAAAUUCUACCAACCUUCAGCAUUAAAAGAUCAUAUGACGUCACAUACAGGAGAAAGAAACUUUAGAUGUGAAUAUUGUGGAAAAACAUACCCUAGGAUGAGGGCUUUACGAGUGCAUUUGCAAUCUCAUGACAGUGAAAAAAAGUACAAGUGUAAUUUGUGUAGUGCAGCAUAUACACAAGCAAAUAAUUUAAAAAAUCAUAUGAAAACCAAGCAUCAAAAUUUUGAUAUAAAGGAUGAUCUUGAAUAAGUAAAUGUUUCAUUUUCAUACAUUAUUAUUUUAUAGAAUAAACUAUAACGCCAUUUUGAUUGA